CCACCCAUUCGCCCCCCUCCCCUAUCUCUCAUCCUUUGCCCUGGAGCUGCCAUCAUCGCAGUCACGCCCCUUCCUUCCGAGGAGCUUUCUGACUGCCCAAGCUGGUAGACCCCUGAUUUAUUUCUCCAUCUCCUCUCUCUUUGGCUUUAUCUUGUUAGUUCUCACCGCCCCCUCCACCCCCACCUCCAGUCUGUCUCGUCUCCGACUAUCCACUGCUCCACCCUGCGGCCCGGUAUCCUGCUUUUCCACUGCCACCAAGGAGAGCCCGGAGGGAGCAGCGUAGAGGGAGCAGCCGGGAGUUGGGGCUUCCCGCCUGCCUAUCUCUGGCCUCUGGCGUGGGACCGAAGCCACUAGAGCAAAUAGAGGAGACUCGUCACCCUGUCUUCGUUGCCUUCAGGGAGCUGCUGAGAAGGACAAAUAAGAUAACAGAAGUGAAAUAGCAUUUGUCUCCUUAGAAGAAAGGCUGAGAAACUAAAGAGUGACCAGUGGUUGGACUCUUGGCGGCGCUUACCCUGAACCUGAGUGUUAGGGGAGAGGGAAUCUGCCGUUGCGGUUUCUGGAGCUGCUCAUAAGCAAGAAUUCCCUAUCCUGAUCAAGGCUUUAAGCCUAAAAGAAAGCAGAAAUAGGUCAAGGGCAGCCCAGGUGCCCAAUUUCUCUCUCUCUUCACAAGGCACCACCGGCAAUAGAGAUGAGAAACGCUGAAGAACAGCCAGGUGGAGGAACCACGGUAUUACAGCGUCUGCUACAGGAGCAGCUUCGCUAUGGCAAUCCUAAUGACAAUCGCAACCUGCUUGCCAUACACCAACAAGCCACAGGGAAUGGCCCUCCUUUCCCCAGUGGCAGUGGGAACCCAGGUCCUCAGAAUGAUGUGCUGAGUCCCCAAGACCACCACCAGCAGCUUGUGGCACAUGCUGCUCGACAGGAACCGCAGGGGCAGGAAAUUCAGUCAGAAAACAUCAUUAUGGAGAAGCAGCUUUCCCCGCGAAUGCAGAAUAACGAAGAACUCCCGACCUAUGAGGAAGCCAAAGUUCAGUCCCAGUACUUUCGGGGCCAACAGCAUGCCAGUGUUGGAGCUGCCUUCUAUGUCACUGGAGUCACCAACCAGAAGAUGAGGACUGAGGGACGCCCAUCAGUGCAGCGACUUAAUCCUGGGAAGAUGCACCAGGAUGAGGGACUCAGAGACCUUAAGCAAGGACAUGUCCGCUCUUUGAGUGAACGACUAAUGCAGAUGUCACUGGCCACCAGUGGAGUUAAGGCCCAUCCACCUGUUACCAGCGCUCCCCUCUCCCCACCACAAGCCAAUGACAUCUACAAGAAUCCCACGAGUUCCAGUGAAUUCUACAAGGCCCAAGGACCACCUCCCAGCCAGCAUAGCCUGAAGGGCAUGGAACACCGAGGCCCCCCACCAGAGUAUCCCUUCAAGGGCAUGCCACCCCAGGCUGUAGUGUGCAAGUCCCAAGAGCCAGGGCACUUCUAUAGUGAGCAUCGUGUGAACCAGCCAGGGAGAACAGAGGGGCAACUGAUGAGGUAUCAGCACCCCCCUGAGUAUGGCGCAGCCAGGCCAACACAGGACCUCUCACUGCCGUUGUCAGCCAGGACCUCUCAGCCUCACAGUCCUACUUCUUCCCUCACAUCUGGGGGUUCCUUGCCCUUGCUGCAAUCUCCACCAUCCACUAGAUUAUCUCCUGCCCAACACCCAUUGGUCCUAAACCAAGGAGACCACUCAGCUCACCUACCUAGGCCGCAGCAACAUUUCCUUCCUAAUCAGGCUCAUCAGGGAGAUCAUUACCGCCUGACCCAGCCGGGCCUGAGUCAGCAGCAGCAGCAGCAGCAGCAACACCACCACCACCAUCACCAGCAGCAGCCAGGAGAAACCUAUUCAGCUAUGCCUAGAGCUCAGCAGUCCUCUGCUUCUUAUCAGCCAAUGCCAGCAGACCCUUUUGCCAUUGUUUCCAGAGCCCAGCAGAUGGUUGAGAUACUUUCAGAUGAGAACCGGAACUUACGGCAGGAGCUGGAAGGAUGCUACGAGAAGGUGGCAAGACUGCAGAAGGUGGAGACAGAAAUCCAGCGUGUCUCGGAGGCAUAUGAGAACCUUGUGAAGUCAUCCUCCAAAAGAGAGGCCCUGGAAAAAGCCAUGCGCAACAAGCUCGAGGGCGAGAUUCGAAGGAUGCAUGACUUCAACAGGGAUCUGAGAGAGCGUCUAGAGACAGCCAACAAGCAGCUUGCAGAGAAGGAAUAUGAGGGGUCAGAGGAUACCAGAAAAACCAUCUCUCAGCUCUUUGCAAAAAAUAAGGAAAGCCAGCGGGAGAAGGAGAAGCUGGAAGCAGAGCUGGCCACUGCCCGUUCUACCAAUGAGGACCAAAGGCGACACAUCGAAAUCCGAGACCAGGCCCUGAGCAACGCCCAGGCCAAGGUGGUAAAGUUGGAGGAAGAGCUGAAAAAGAAGCAGGUAUAUGUAGAUAAGGUGGAGAAGAUGCAGCAGGCUCUUGUACAGCUCCAGGCAGCAUGUGAAAAACGUGAGCAGCUGGAGCACCGUCUACGGACACGACUGGAGAGAGAACUGGAAUCCCUCAGAAUUCAACAGCGCCAGGGCAACUCUCAGCCCACCAAUGUUUCAGAAUACAAUGCUGCAGCACUGACGGAGCUCCUUCGUGAGAAGGAGGAAAGGAUCCUGGCUCUGGAAGCUGAUAUGACUAAGUGGGAGCAGAAGUAUUUAGAGGAGAAUGUAAUGAGACAUUUUGCUCUGGAUGCUGCUGCAACUGUCGCUGCUCAGAGGGAUACAACAGUCAUAAGCCACUCUCCUAAUACUAGCUAUGACACAGCUCUAGAAGCCCGCAUCCAAAAGGAGGAGGAAGAAAUCUUGAUGGCCAACAAGCGUUGCCUUGACAUGGAGGGCAGGAUUAAGACGCUACAUGCCCAGAUUAUUGAGAAGGAUGCCAUGAUUAAAGUACUCCAGCAGCGUUCCCGGAAGGAGCCAAGUAAGACUGAGCAGCUGUCAUCCAUGCGGCCAGCAAAGUCUCUGAUGUCCAUAUCCAACGCUGGGUCAGGCUUGCUCUCCCACUGUUCCACCCUGACUGGCACUCCCAUCAUGGAAGAGAAGCGAGAUGACAAGAGUUGGAAGGGUAGCCUAGGUAUUCUCCUGGGUGGAGACUACCGUGUGGAGUCUGUCCCUUCCACUCCCUCACCUGUGCCGCCCUCAACACCCCUGCUUUCAGCUCACUCUAAGACAGGCAGCCGAGACUGCAGCACCCAAACUGAACGGGGAAUGGAACCAAACAAAACUGCAGCUGUUGCUCCGAUCUCUCUUCCUGCUCCCAUUGCUGCUGCCACUGCUGCUGCCAUCACUGCCAACGCUGCCACCAACACUGCCACUGCUGCCACCAAUACCACCACCAUGGUAGCUGCUGCUCCAGUUGCUGUUGCUGCUGUUCCAGCUGCUCAAGUUGCUGUUGCUGUCUCAUCUCCAGCAACUGCUGCUGCUUCUCUUGCUGCUGCUGUUUCUCCAGCUGCUGCUGCUCAGAUUCCAGCCACUGCCUCUGCUGUUGCUACUACUGUUAUCGCUCCUGUUGCUACUGCUGUUGUUCAGAUUGCUCCAGCUUCUCUGGCUCCAGUUCCAGCUGUGGCUCCCACUCCAGUUCUGGCUCCAACAGCAGCUCUGGCUUCUGCUCCUGCUCAGACUCAGACACCAACUCCAGCACCAGGUAUGGCUGCUACUCCAGCUCCAGCUUCAGCUCCAGCUUUGGCUCAGGCUGAGGCUCCCGCAACUCCAGCUGUCGCUUCUGGACCACGUCGUUUAUCUACACCAAGUGUGAUCUGUAAUCCAGACAAGACAGAUGGUCCUGUUUUCCACUCCAGUACUCUGGAAAGAAAAACUGCCAUUCAGAUCCUGGGACAAGAGCCUGAUGCAGAGAUGGUGGAGUAUCUCAUCUAAAUGGACUAAUCAAGAGCUGUGGCUUAUCAACAACAAUGCUUUUAAUUAUUUUUCCCUUUUGUUGCUCUUAUUUUGAGGGUGAGGACAAGGGUUGUGGGGGAUGUUUUUUAAAAGGGAAUUUUUAUUGAAACAAUAUAGUACUUAAGUAAUAACAUGAACUCCAGUCUAUUUUGGUACAUGUAAAGAGUACCUCUAAAGACAGAUUAAUCAGAAUGUGCUCUAAAGGUUAUUAUUUGGAUUUAUACAAAUACUGGGACUGUUAAUAGAUGGAUAUUCAUCAGUGUUUUCAAUAUGCUUAAAUUUGUUUAGCAUU